UGACACAAAUAUCUAUGGGCAUAACCUCUACUUGAAUCAGAUUUGAAUUGUAAAAAAAAUAUAUUAAUAUUGCUUUAAAUUUAGCUGGAACAAAUUCAAAUUAAUCAUGGUGAAAGAAAAACGACGCAAGACGAAUUCUGCAGAUAAUGACGGAGAAGUAGAUGUUUAUAAGAAAGUAGUAGAUUAUGAAGAGAAGGAAGCAUUAACUAGGUCUGCAGAAGACGAUGCAAAUUUAUAUUUUGAUACUUGUAAAAGUAUACGUCAAAUACUUGCUGAUAUAUUUGAUUUAAAAGUUCAGAAUAAUUCAGAAGCCCGUUUAAAGAUUUCAGAAAAGUGUACACAAGCAUGUCUUCUCGUAGCAGCCUUAAAGAAAUUGAAUAGAUUAGAUAAAUUUCGUUCAGUACAUGCCAGAGAAUCACUCAGUAUCGAAAAGCAGAAAGUUGAUAGUACUAACUUACAAUAUCAAAAUCUUCUCUAUGAAGCAGGACAUUUGAUGUCUGAAUACAAUAAAUGUAAACAGUUUAAAUCUAAAGAUGAAGAUAUUGAGUUAAUAUCUUUAGAAGAAUUUUUGAAAGAAGCUCCUGAAUCUGUUACUAAACCAUUUCAAGUUACUGAACUUACUGAUGCCUUAAAGCAUGACAGACAUGUCGCUAGAUUAGAAUAUGAACUGACGCAGCGUAAACAGUUGGCAGAAUUAUGUAAAAAAUUGGAAGACGAGAAAAAACAAUUAGCUAAAGAUAUCAUACAGAAGAAAAAUAAACUUGAUUUGUUGGCUCCUCGUUUAGCGACUGUUCUAGAAGCCACAAAACCACUGCAAGAGCAGUUGGGAUUGCCUAUUGGCAAAUUGUAUGCUGAACAUAAGGCAGCAAGGCUUUUACCUGAACCUUUGUACUUAUUGUACGUUUAUGCUGAUGCAUUUAAGCAAGUUUAUAUUUCAGAUAUAGGUUUAGAAAUACUUGGAGAUCAAGAUGAUGCUCAGCAGUGGAAAGAGCAACAGAACACAUUCAGGAACAGUAACAAUGAUGAAUCUGAACAAGAAACUGAACAAGAAGUUGAAGAAAUUGCUGAAGUUAAAAAACGACGUCGAAGAAAAUCGUCGAUAAUUGAUCGUAACGAAGAAAAGAAAAAACGACUUUUGAGCCCUCAUCCAUUGGCUGUUCAAAUCAUUGUUAAGUCUAAAGAAGGAGUUGCCUUGAAAAUGACAUUUAGCUAUAGAUACCAAUUAAAUAUUGUAACUGUUGUGUCUUCUAGUGAAUAUUCAGAUAAUUUUUCUGCAUUUACGGCAAAGGAAAUUUUAAAUGGGAAUAAUUUACUGGGGGAGUUGUUUGAAGAAGAUAAAGGCACAAACAGCCCAAAUUCAGGAAAUACCUAUCAGUUAAAAAAAGUCGGUGUAGAUUCCUACAGUUCUUUAGUGACAGAAUUAGGUAACGCUUAUCAGUGGGCUCAGCGAAUUUGUGGGAUGGAUUUCCUAGAACAAGAACACGAAAAAAAAUUUUCAAAUACUCUCAGUCAAGCGAGCGUCGAAAUCGUACUUAAAACAAUUAUAAAACGACUCAAUUCUCACGUAGCCCUUGCGACUCAGUUACAACAACUUGAAUCGAACAUAAUUCCGUCUAUUUCUAAUCAUGUUGAUUUUCCUAAAAUGUCUGUUUCGUCCCUGACAAAAUUUGUAUCGUCUUCUUGGUCAAACUUUUGCAAAGUUCCUUCGUCCGCGCUUUUUAUUGAGAAUGAGGUGGUGGGUCAGUCAGAUUUGUUUUAUACUGCGAUCAUUUCGCGAAAUAAUGCGAUCAUGCAAGCUCAUAUUGUCGUUAAAAAUAAUUAUCCAAUACAACUUCCCAUUUUCGUUCUACUGGUGAAAUACAAAGGGGAAUUGCAUUCGGGAAAUUCAGAUGACGUUAGGGACAUGGAAAGAGCUGUUAAUGUAGGAUGGUGUCAUGGAAGCUCCUGUGCCGAAUGGUUGUUGGCUGCUCAAAUUAAAUGCCUGUGUAUGUAUUUUGAUGUUUACUUGGAGACAUCGGAUCCUGCCGCUUUUCAACAAAAUGUUGUCUUCUUUAGGAAUGUUAGUGGACGAAAUAGGGGACGGCCAUUCAAAUUCCAUAAGAUUGGGACAGGCAUUUUCACACAAACAUAAAAUUAUUUCAUUUACUUUCUUAUUUCCAUUUGUAGAAUAAACAUAUUUUUUUGGAUUUUGCAAUUAAAGUAUAUUCUAAA